GCAGAUGACUCAAUCUAUACCUUCAUCUAUAUAGAAGCGCAGCCGAUAGACAAUAAUUCUGAACAGAGUGAGUCGAGCAAAGUGCCCUGUUUUUUCAGUAAACUACUCAAAGGAAACACAUUCUUUGUGUUGACGUCUAGCAGAGAAUAAUUGUUGGCAGUGAAAAUAAACAACUCAUGGCCUGUGCCCCUGAAAAGGAAAAGAUCAAUGUUUCCACGUGCGUAGCCAUAGAGAGUCCUCCAACAUCACCCUUUGCCAGUUCCAUAGAAAAGAGCAAUGGUGAGAAGUUACGGAAUCUUGUUAUUAAUGAGGGAGGAGCAGCAUUAAGGAAACUCCUGAAUACAUAUCACCCCUUUCCACUACUAGCUACUUCGCUCAGUCAACACAAACAAACACUAUUAAGUCUCAAACGUAAUAAGGUUCUUCAUAAUAAUCAAUGGGAAAAGCUCUUUCCGCUUGAUGGAACGCAACCAGAAUGUGAGUCGUUUGACAUAACACUGCUUGUGAUCCUCUUAACCAACAUUUGUGGUUUGUCUCCUCCGAACACCGGAUGGAACAACAAGCCUCCUCCGAGCGACAAGUCCACAGAAGCAAAUAUUGUUCGCAUCAGGUAUUUUCGAAAUCUGCUCUAUCAUGCUCCAUCAACUGGAGUUCCCAUGCAUAAGUUCAACACCUACUGGGAGGAAAUUGCUGAUGCUUUGGUUGCCCUCGGAUUAGAUAGGAAUGAAAUAGAUGCCUUAAAGGAAGAGGAAGAGUUAGAGAAACUGGCACACUUUGAUUUUAAAGGAGACAUAAACCAUUACCUUACUAAAUUUCAAGACGGAACGCGUGAGUGGAUCUUCAAUAAGGUAAAACAUUGGUUAGAUGACAGGAGGUCGCCGCACCGUGCAAUGCUGAUCACUGCAGCUGCCGGAAUGGGAAAGUCCGUCGCCAGUGCAGUCAUUUGCAAGAGAAUGCAAAAGGAAGACAGGCUAAUAGGGUGUCAUUUUUGUCAACACAGCUGCGACUUCUACCGUGAUCCGAAACGAAUGCUUCAAUCACUGGCCUACCAGUUAAGCUCGAAAUUGCCAGAAUACAAAGCUGCCCUCGUAAAGCAGCUCUCCAGUGACUGCAGGAAAGCGCUAGAAGAUAUGAAAGUUGAAGAUCUCUUUGUGUGGCUGUUUAAAGAACCCCUUUCUGCUGUGGAAGACCCUGGCAGAAACGUCCUCGUGGUAAUAGAUGCCCUGGACGAAAGUGAACUCGAUGGACGCAAUGAGUUACUUGAUGUCAUCGCCAAUUACUUAUCCAAAUUGCCGCUUUGGAUAAGAUUUCUUAUUACCGCAAGACCAGAGAAAAACAUCUCAGACAAGCUAAGAAAUCUGAAGAUUUUCAAGUUGCAACAAGAGGAUGAGCAGAAUCGUGAUGAUAUCAAAACUUUCUUUGAAAAGAAACUGAAUUCUGAUGUAACAAACCCAGACAGCCUCAGCGCAAUUGUACAAGAGUUGGUCCAUCUCUCGGAUGGCUCGAUGCUCUUCGCAUACUUUUUAAUACGAAUGAUCCAAGACGGCACAUCACCAGUAAGUCCAGAGGAACUUCGUCGACAAUUCCCACAUGGCAUUUCCUCAGUUUACCAGUCCUAUUUUGAGCGAAUGGAGAAAAGACUGAAGGAAGAAUUGAAGGACAACUAUGGCAGUUUUUUGACUGAUUUUCUGAGUGCUUUGACUGUUUCUGUAGAACCUUUGCACAAAGAUUUCAUCGUGGACAUACUGCUGCAAAACCGUAACACUUCAGAAAGUGAUCCCUUGAGCGAUCAGCGAAAACUUGAGGGUGUUAUUGGCUGUAUUUCUUCUCUUUUCAUUCUUCGAGACGACCAUGUUCACAUGUUCCACAAAUCUAUCAAGGAUUGGUUGACAGACCCGUCCAAUGGAUUUUUCUUCGUAGAGGAGAAGGAAGGUCAUAAGAUUCUGUCUAAGUUGUGCGCUAAAGCACUUGAAAUUUUGAAGGGACGUGGUGGACCGUCGACUCAAGCAAAGAAGAAAUACGCCUUGCGACACUGUGUCAAGCACAUGCUGGAAGCAUGUGAGACUGAAAGCGCUCAAAUGGAAGAAUUAGUUCAAGGGUACGUGACAGAUCUCGAACUCGUUUAUGCCAAGCUACGUACAGAGGACACGGAUGUGCUUAAGGAUCUUGUUCUUGUGCAAGAACAUCCGAAUUCAAGGGAAUUAAGCGAAGAAAUCCACAAUACAAUUGAAAGCCUUUUACUACAAUUCAAGAAAAACCCUAAGCUGCUUCGAGAUAAUCCUGGGAUGAUUUUCCAAAACUUACUCAAUGAAGGAGGAUCAGCACUUUAUCAACAGGUGUCUGAUACUCUUUUGAGGUCUCAUCCAGAAAUACCAUAUAUGGAGCUGUUAGACAAAAAUGGUCAUCAAGGCCCUGUUGUUGGUCGAUUUUUCUGCUCUGACAAAGUGGUUUGCUUUGAUGUUUCCCCAGACGAAAAACUCUUGGUAAGCGAAUGUCGUGAUGGAACGACGUCGUUAUGGUCGCUUGAGACUGGAAAGCGGCUGUGGGAGAAAGCUUUAUUAAAAUCGAUAAAGUCGUACAAUGAAGUUCCUCUUGGAAGUGCUUUUCGACAGACGUGCGAAGAUAAUGAGACUGGGAAAAAGACGCUGUCGUUUUACCGUUCCACUGUCUUCCAUCCAGACGGUUGUUCCAUUUUGCCAGGAAACUUGGCCAAAGUUUACAGCUUAGAUGGAGAACCGAAGUCACUCUUUCCAGGGAGCAAAUGUCAUUUCAAUGUUUGCUAUUUCUCAGGUAACAAAACUAGGAUGUUAACUGAUUGUCCAGAAAACGCCCAUCAAGUGGUCAUGUGGAACACCAAGAAUGGUGAGGAGAUCAAACGCUUCGAGAGCGAAGAAACCAUAGCUUCUUUUGCUAUUUCUCAAGAUGGAAGUCGUGUUGCGAUCUGCAAUACAAGUGGCUCACUCUGGUUACGAGCUGUUGAAGGUCCCAGCUGGAAGAAAGCACCUCCAAACAUUUCUGGGGAAGGUAACCCCUGUGGACUGUUACAUUUUACAGAAGCGGGAGCUCUUGUCUGUGGCAGUAUCCAACAUGAGCUGUCUGAUCACCGAGACAAGUACAAACUUUCGGUGUCAGCGCUUCAGUCACAAUCAUCUUGUGUCUUUCUGUGGCCGUGGGAAUCGGAUGAUUCUGUUGAUGGAUUGAAAGCCGUUUGCAAGACAUCCCAUAUCGUUUCUGCAGACUUGCAAAUUGGAUUUUGCCUCACGUUACUAAAAGAUUUGGCAGUGGUCGGGAGUCCAACGGUUAAUUACUUGACGAUGCUUGAUAUUACUCAUUCCCUCCAAGACAAAGAAAUGCCACGCACAGCACAAGCUGCUUUUUCUGCAGUCAACGGUAGGACGCGCUUGUACACGACUGUCGCCAUUUGCAACCAUUCGGUAGAAAUGGAAACGGAUGAGCCACGCUUGGUGACAUUUACUAUGCGGGACGCAAACAAUGCCAGGGAAGUGAAGCAGGAAAAGUCCUUCCAACACAGUUCACGUCGUGUUGAGAAUGGGAUAAUGACUGUAACUGUCACAUACAAUGGUGAGAAAGGUGUUCUCUUGCAAACAGACAGCAAGACAUUAGAGGUAUGGAACGGUGACUUGUCUCAAGGUCUAAACUCUAUCCCCAUGAUGGGCGAAAUCGAAAGACUAAUUCCUGUAUCGCAAGAUCUUGUCGGAUGCGUUUUAUGCACGCCUAAAUUUUCAUCCGAAGGACAACAUGAACUUACAAUUGCCUUGUUUGAUGUCUCCGCAUGGAAAGUUGUAUUUGAAAGAAAUUUGAGUGGUAAACCAGAACUGAAAUCGAUUGCGUGCAGUCUUCAAAGAGAUGUGGUGUUCUGCGCUCAAAACGACGCAGGAAAGCGUGAAAUGUUCUUUUACAGAGGUGAGGCAAAUGUUCCCAUCUGGAGAGAAGACGACGUUUACCAAGGCGGUUGCAACUGGAGACAUCCCCAUUGCGUAUUUUCUCCUCAGGGAGAUGUAGUCGUCACAUGGAAUACUCUGAAUGACGGCUAUGGAUUGCACGCUCUCAAUGCGAAGACUGGAUGGAAGAAGCAUGUCUUUCUGGAAAACUGUUACGACAUCGCCGACUGCAGGUUUCUCAACGAUGGCGAGACUAUGGUCUGCUACAGAUACGAGUCUAACGUACGACUUUUCAGUGUUACGUCCGGAGAAGUGCUAGCUGUCUUGGACAUAGGAGAGCGCCCGACCUGUAUAGGAUGUUCUACUGAUGAGCCUCUUAUUGCUGUUGGGCUACGUUUUGGAAAUGUAAUAGUGAUUCGAGCACACGUGCCAAAACUACGGGGAGCCAACCAGAAACGGAGAAAGGGGUUUUUUUUGCAGGAUCUGGUGAGAGUCUAAUUAGCGGAGAUUUGCAAGUCAAGAGGAGCAAGUGUCUGUAGGAAGCCGCGCAAAGGUGCUAGCUCAAGAAUGAAAUAAUCAUUAUGAACACUAUUUUAAAACUCCAUUUAUGACAAUGACUGUUCAUGAGAACUGACUAAGUCAGAAGUGAUUGAUAAAAAAUAAUCGUUAGGAAGGACCUCAUUAGGGAUCCCAGGGAGCCAAGAUGGCAAAACUGGGGAAAACGUCGAUGAAAAAAUGAUUUAAGUUUUUCGUUAGGACUUUUUCUUUAGAACGUGGAGAAGUUGAAGUUCAUUUCUCAGUAUACAUACCAGGCGUUCAAGGUGAUCGGCAUAAAAACAAGCUAAAAUUUUCUUUCAAACUACUGGAACGUUUCCAUGAUGACGGAGACCAUAGAGGCGUUUUUUGCAAAGUACAUUUAGCUCCCAAAUCAACUUAGUUUUGAAAGACGCAACUUACUCAACUGCACAUAAACAAUACUAGAGAAGGGAAACCAAGGAAAUUAGAAAACCAAUGAUUAAAACAAAAGAAAGAAAAAAAACCAAGCUAGAAAAAGGGAACAAAAUAAAACAAGGCUAAUUCACCGAAAGGCUAAAAAUAUGGGUAUUGGAAGGUGUACGCCUUCAUCAGUAUGCAUAUUCUCCAUACUGUUCUCUAUACAUUUUUAAAGGUCGUGACAAAGAGAAUGCGUUUAAUAAUCAAGAGCGUCCCUCGUUCGUUAUCAAUUAUCUUAUUCAUGCGACCUUAAUGUGUGAUUCAGGGGUGAUAUUGUAAAAAGAAAUUAGAAACAAAUGACCCAAUUGGUUAACAACGGUGUUAAACACGUAGCUUUUAUAUCACCUUAGUUUCCUAAAACAUCCUGCUUCGCUAAGCUCAUGAAAAUGUGGCCUCUAAUUUAGUUAAAGUUUUUGUUCCGAUAGAAAACGAAGAAUCCGAAAAAUAACUCGCAAUCGUAUAAUAACAAUUUUAUUCGAUCUGAAAUCAAAUUAAUAUGUACAAAGAUUCUACUUACUAAAUGCAAUCUCAUGAUUAAUAAAUGGAACUAGAAAAGUCAAAUAAAUGUCCGUGAGAGCCAAGAGUGGAUGUAAGCGAACCCAGAUGGUUCUUAAAAGAAGCCUAAAUACAAAAGCUUUAACCCCCAUUAGGUAAGCGAGACAUCUAAUCCUAACUUGACUGUUCAAUAACAAUUUUCGUUUCACUUUCUUCUAUGGCGAGUUUUCUUAAAUGUCCUUGAAUACAGCAUGUAUAAAUCCAGGCAACAGGUUAGCGGUAAAAACUCUGAUCAUUUCAGCACAACUGUCGUCGAGAGAACUACUGAAAACUAAGCUGUUCCAAUAACUUUUAACAAAGUGUGCACUGUUGCGGCUUCCUGUUCGUGACAACUAAACGUAAAUUCCUUAAAUAGUUCAUUGUCUGCUUCAACAGUUUUAAAUCGUCGCUUUAAAUAGAUUGCACGCAAUUUACAGAUUUAAAAAAAAGGACGGAUUGACCGCUCUUUCGUUAGGUUUACCUGCGUAAUAACCCACUUGGGAUGUUGGUAGAACACGAGAAAACUUGGUAAGUCAAGAGCCGGAGGCAAGUGAUUUACUAAACUUUCUUGUGUUCUCCCAGUAUUCCAAGUGGGUUAUUACGCCGGUAAACCUAUAGAAAUUGCGGUCUAUUGCUUUUAUAAAAUAUACUUCAAUUUUCUACGGUUUUAUUAGUGCAACAAAUGAUAGGUUUUUGAACAACCAAAGCACUUGUAGUAUGUCAGUUAUUGUAUAAAGUAACGUAAAACAUACAAAUAAUUAGGAUAAUCAAAUGCUAGAGGCAUAUUCUCAACUUUGAUUGAACAUUGUAAUGUCACAUUGUUGUGUAAGUUCCUAACUUGUAAAUGGUUUGAGUGUCAUUCAUUUCUGCAGACACGUUCAGAGGAAUACAAUGCACGUGGCCAGCGUAAAUAAUCCUGUGUCUUGAGUGCCCAGUGCACAACUACUAUACCAUUUUAAAAAUAAUACUAAUGACACGUGCUGGCUGAAGACAUCAAUUUGACUCUGAAAGAGAAAUAAAUCAGCCUAAGCGAUGUGGUGGAAAUAGAGUUUAGACCGGCAUAAAAUACCUUAACUAUUUGGGAAAUGGGGCGUUUGGAAAUAUUGCAGCUUUUUAGUCUAGUCCCGAAGCGCCCAGUUUAGUACUGGGCAUGCCUGUUUCUUUUUUUAUUCCUAAGAAUAUCCACUUUCCAGUUCUUACUCUAAAAACAGCUACAUCCUUAGGCAAAAAUAUACAUCGUAACAGCCUAAACUAUUUUACAAAAUUUUAUAUUCUUCAUUUAUGUUGAUUCGACAUUUUAUUUACAAACGUAACAUACAAAUUUUAUACAAACUUUCUUUAAGCUACUGGUAGUUAUUUUCAAUGUUAUUAUAAUUGAUAUUAUCUUUUGUAAUAAU